GGAUAUGGCUUCCUGUUCGUCACCCUCAUAAGCCUGUGCUCCACAACAGGAGUGCUCCUGCUGCCAAUCAUGGCCAAAGAACUGUACAAAAAGAUUCUGAUCUUCUUCAUAAGCCUCGGAGUUGGAACGUUGUGUGCUAGUGCCAUCUUCCACCUUCUACCGCAGGCCUUUGAACUGGGAGCUGACGGUAACCAUGACUACCUGUGGAAGGCCGCCACGGGAAUGCUGGGAAUCUACAUCUUCUUUCUGGUCGAUAAAGUGCUCAAGGUGGCCUUCUAUAAGAAAGACAGAUCCGUCGAGAGCACUGCUGUCCAUAAAGCUGAGACGAUGGAUGUCAUCAUCCCUGACAUGCCGUUCGACGAGCACGACAACGGUUGCCAUGCCGACUCGAGCAGCAGCAAAUUCCUACAGUUUCCCCCCACCGUCGAGGUUGCCGGGGGCGACACGAGCAUCAAGGAGAUCUACCACGGCAACGCGGGCGUGCGUAACGGACGGGUGCGGCACAACACCGUUACCAGCAUGGAGCAGGAAGAGCUGGAGCGAGCCGUCCCACACGAUGCGUUGGAGCGCACGGGACACGACCACAGCCACUUUGCGAAGGGAGACAGCGUCAUCGCGACGGUGGCAUGGAUGAUCAUAUUUGGCGAUGGCUUGCAUAACUUCGUCGACGGUCUGUCGAUCAGGUGCCGCGUUCCAGAAUCACUGACGGGCAUCAGCAUCUCAGUUGCUGUCUUCUGCGAAGAGUGUCCGCAUGAGCUCGGAGACUUUGCGAUUCUUCUAAACUCCGGCAUGAAGCUGAAGCAGGCAGUGAUGUAUAACUUCCUAUCCGCAUGUACCUGCUACUUGGGCUUCCAUCGUAUUUUGCUGGGUGAUCUACCGGGAGCAACUGUCUACAUAUUUGGCUUCGCUGGCGGAAUGUUUCUCUACAUCUCUCUAGCUGCGAUGAUGCCAGAGAUGGCAGAACUGUUGGAUAAGGCGUUGGCGGAAGGAAAGGCAUGCGGGUGCUGUGCUGCUACAGAACCUUGGCCCUCCUCAUUGGAGUAG